AUGGCUUUCGGAAAACGGGCUUGGAUUGACCUUGCGUUGCAUACUGCAUUCUGUCUGGCGGACAUCCAAAUAGUUAAAGCAGGUUCGGGGCCCUUGUGGCCCACAGUCAGCCAGAAGUCUGCAGCUGGUCUUGCUGGGCUUGAGGGUUGCGAUUUUCAGAGCGACUUGCCGAGUGCUCCUUGUGAUGUAGGCUAUAGGCGUCAGCUUGCUUGCUGUCUUGGAUUCUUGGACAUUCGAACAUUUGCCCUCAGGAUUCCUUGUACAGCUGGAGGCAAGAUACCUGGAGAGACCAACCUCACCCACUGUCCAUAUCGGCAAUCCUUCGUGCGAUGUGGGCCACACCAUCGGGCGGAGCUUUGCGUCCUCGACGACGACGACAUCCGUCGCCUGCAUAGCAUCUGGGAGAAGUACAAAGACGAUCUGACCUGGCCAGUGCACGACGAAAAGCCCAAGUUCUCUCCAGAGGACUUCGACACCUUCUACGGCAUUGCGCAGCAAGUGGUGGAUGCCAUGGUGGAGGAGUACAAGGUGCCGAUGAUUCUGGACCAGGCGACCAUCAGCAACACCAACCACAUCGGGCACCAGCCACAUUGUGACAACGUGCGCUUCGACUCCGUCUGGUGGAAAGGCCAGCGCAUACGCGGCGACGACGAGCUCGCAGCUGCUCGAGGUGGGGCCUACGUUCUCUGGCGAUCUGAGAAGACGUCGCACAGGAGUUACAGCUGCUCUGUGGCCCUGUCAGAUCCCAAUGGCUACGAAGGAGGCGAGAUCCAGUUCUUCGACACCUGGGGGGCCAGGGACCCUGUUGCGACAUACAAGUGCGCCAAGGGCUGUGGGAUCGCGUUCUGUGGCUGCCAGCGGAACAUCCAUGCCGUGACGGGUGUCAAGAAUGGCUUCCGUUUGGUCCUUCUGGUGUGGACGCGUCCUCCGGGCGUGCCUGUGCCAGACUCGCAGGCCCACGUCUGCUACUUCCGGCCCGGCACUGGCCGCGGCUGCUGGCUCCACAGCCUGGAUGUCCAUCGAGGCCUCGCCAGGCGUGCUGGCCGCCAGGAGGCCUGGCUUCCCCAGGAGGCUGACGACGGGUGUCUUUGCGACGACUGCGCAGAGGAGCGAGCCAAAGUGUCCUGGAGUGAUUGCCUGGGCGCAUCUGCAGAAACCUCGGCCGCCAAGGCCACCCCCAGCACCAGCGCGGGCACCAGCCCACGGACUCCAGAGACGCCGGAUUCCUCGGGCACGGAGGCGAGCAGCGUGGAUUCUGGGACGGACCUCAGCCGGCACUGCCCGUACCAGCAGCCCCACCGCUGGUGCCACCCGCAUGGGCGCCGGGAGCUUCCCGAAGUCCUCAACGAAGACGACAUGAGGAUCCUGUACCAGAUUUGGCAGAAGCACCAAGAUGAUCUGACGCGUCCGUGGUACAGGAAGAAGCCGACCUACUCAGAGCAGGAGUUUGAGGACUUCAGCCGCAUCGCACAGAAGGUGGUGGAUGCCAUGGCCGUCCAGUUUGGCCAGCCAUUGGUGCUUGACCAAGCCUCCGUGAACAGCACCAAUCAGAAAGGCCACCCGCCUCAUGCCGACAAUGUGCAGUUCGACUCUGUUUGGUGGCAGGGCCAGCAGCUGAAGCAGCGCGACGAGGUGGAGGCCGUGCGCGGGGGCGCCCCGGUGCUGUGGAAGGCGUCGAAGACUGCCUACAGGAAUUACAGCGCCUCCAUCGCGCUCACGGGACCGGAGGACUACGGCGGGGGCAGCCUGGAGUUCUUCGACACUUGGGGUGCGCCGACGCCAGCAGCAUCAAUGCGGUCAAAGGCGGGAAGCGGCGUGGCUUUCUGCGGCUGCCAGCACAGCAUCCAUGCCGUUACCGGCGUGCGCUGGGGCUUCAGGCUUGUCCUCGUGGUGUGGACCCGGCAUCCGAACGCGCACAUCCCGGAGGAUCAGAUGCAUGUGUGCUACUUUCGACCCGGCUCUGGCCUCAGUAUAUGGCUGACCGCUGCAGACCUACGGAGCUAUCCGAAACGACGCCGGAAAGAGGCCCUUUGUGGCCAAGAGGAGUCAGGAGACCAGAAGAGUCCUGAAACAGCUGCAAAGCCCACUGAGGAAGCUGAGGUGGCUGGCAGCUCUAAGUACUCCGGAGGCUGGUCCUGCGCAAACUGA